AUGCCCCCUCCCCCUGCGGCCGGGCCCCGGCUCCGCCGCCGGCCUCUCCCCACCCUACCCCACCCAGCCCCGAGGGCUGCCCGCUCGGGCCGCCCACAGCCCCCCGGGCACCGCGCCGGCCCCGGCCCGUCUCCCUCCCCUUUCCCGAGCUGUCCACACCCACGCCCACAAGAUGUCCGCUCUGACGGAACUACUGCCAGCUGCCACGCUCCGCCCCUCCCCCCGCCUAUUCACCGCCGCGUAUCCGUCCGCCAACGCCGCCGUCGCGAGCGCGGGGCGAGCCGAGGGGUUCAAGGGGAGCGGUUUGCCUCCCUCGCCCGGGCCGAGUGGACGUGCCGCCCGCUUGCCGUCUCCCUGUCGGAACAGCACCUUCUCGCUAAAGCGAUCGGAGAAGCCAGGGUGCACAGAUUAGUGAGGACUACUGGGACCUACCAACCAGAAACUCAACACACGGGGAGGACAAUGAAGCAGACUUCAAAGAAACCAGUUCCUGUUGCCCUCAUCUAACAAGCUUCAACAGAGAAGUACACUGACACUUUACUGCUAUGCAAUAAAGCACAGCAAACCGGGAAAAAUUGUGGUCAGAGUUCUUAUAUCUAAGAGUAUGUGGGCAGUUCAGUAGAGCUGUUGACCCUGCUCAAAUGUUUCAUAUGUGAAUCCACCCUCACAUACUCGGAAAUUCAUACUCUAGAUGAGACAUUGGAAGUAGUCAGCGUUAAAGAAAAGCAAACAUGGUAUGAGGGAUUUUAAUAGACGCUAUAGUGUCUAGGAAUAUAGGUCAAUUGGUACAAUGUCUGUUUAGCAUGCAUGAAGCCCAAGGUUCAGUUCCUAGCACCUAUAAAAAGGAAUGGUAGCAGCA